UGUGAGUGUGUGUGUGUGUAUGUGAAUGUACACACAAGGUGCCAUGGCGCUUCAGGGUGUGAGAGGAAGUGGAAUAGUGGGUGAGGAGAGCGGCCGGCUGCAGCAGGAAGAUGGCGUGGGCCGGGGACAGUCGAGACUGGCCCGUGUGCUGGCGCUCUGGGCUUAGCGUGUCUGCAGCGGGAUGCUGCCGUCGGCACUUUUUUUGGUCCUAUCUCUCAUUGGGCUCUAUCAGAGUGCGCAUGGGUGAGCAGCCCUGGGCGAGGCUUCCAAUACAUGUCCACUGAAGAAGGGCACAGGAAUGCGAUGCCCUUCUUUCCAUGCAUCAAAUUAUUUUAUUUCAUGGAAGCUGAUGUACAGUGUGUGGCGAUUAUCCUGGAGCAGUUAUUUGGUUUAAGAGGAUCAAUGAAUCUGAUAUCAGAUAUUGAAGCAGCAACAGGCCACAUUUGCAGCACAUAUCGGCCAAUGGACAGGAGAUUGUGGGCAUGAGACCAAAAGAGGAAAGGGCCGUUGGCAUGCCCGCAUUGCGUAGGAGAUGAGACUGGGACCUGGGCAAGACUCCCUGGGCAAGACUCCUAACACUACCUUCACCUACCUGUGUAAAAUGAUCAAAUUGUUUAUCCAGCUUUUCCAACAUGUUUGGAAAGAAGAAGAAGAGGUUGGAGAUCUCAGCCCCCUCGAACUUUGAGCAUCGCGUGCACACAGGGUUCGACCCGCGCGAGCAGAAGUUCACCGGACUGCCUCAGCAAUGGCAGAGCCUGCUGGCAGACACAGCCAACCGGCCAAAACCCAUGGUAGACCCCUCCUACAUCACCCCCAUCCAACUAGCACCCAUGAAGAUAUCUCCCAAGAAAGUCCGGUCAGCUGAAUCGCCGUUGCGAAAAACUAUCGUGCGGGGAAGCAGGCCACCCAAGGAUGCUUCCAUCAAUGGCCUGCUGGAGGAGUUCGACAGCAUUUCUGUGACACGCUCCAACUCUCUGCGCAAGGAAAGCCCGCCAGGAGCGCACCAGGCCGGAUCCAGCAAGCAGCCCUCCGUGGCCUCAGCAAAUGCCAGCAGCAGCGGUGGCCCAGAGGAGAACGGCUUCAGCCACUACUACGCCCGCUAUUCCUGCGACCUGGACAGCAGCAGGGACUUCUCAUUGGACCCGUACCGGGAUAAGGGUGGCUAUGAUGGAGAGUGGGCCGUGGGACGCCACUACCGAUUCUCUGUCAGACAGAAUGGUCAUCCUGUUCGGAGCCCCUUCUACCCAGAUGCCAUGCCCCAGAAGACCUCAGACUAUGCCAAGUUACCACCAGACUAUCAUGCCUACCUGGAGAGCAAGGUGCGCCUGUCUGCUGAUGAGAUGGGUGCCGGCAGCAGCAGGGACUACUACAGGGCCUCUCUUGGAGGGUCCAGUCAGGAUUACCUGGGCACGCCGUCGCGGGCUUCUUUGCACAGCGAGCAAAUGAGCUACCCAGACGGAGACUGGGGUGGAGGGGCUUACGGCCCUGGCUUAAGGGACGACUAUGAGAAAAGGCCCAAGUCAUCAUACAUCUCCCAGACCAGCCCUCAGCCAGCCAUCCGCCAGCGUUCCAGAUCAGGCUCGGGGCUGCAGGAGCCCAGCCUGCCCUAUGGGAUCAGUGCCUUCAAGGCUGCACCACAGGGCCCCUACAGCUCCUACACCUACCCUCGGCUCUCUGAAAAUACUUCUGCUUCCCAGAUCAUUGGCAAGGGCGACUAUGACAGGAUGUCGCGCGAUGGGAGUCCGCAGGUGCCUGGAGCCGAUAUGUACUCCAGAGGCCACCUCAAACUACCUCAGAGCCAUGGCAAGCCCGGCUACCCACCUAGCUUUCAGUACCCACCUGCCUUUCACUAUAAGCCCUCACCCUACCACCAUCCCCCCUCACAACCUAGCCCUCCAUACACCCCACAGGGGGCACACUCCCAGCCCUCUUCCCCUUACAUCCCCCCUGGAGCCUACCCUCCACCCAGCUGGGGCUCGUCCUCUGAGCAGCCUCCCUCUCGGGUGUCUCACGAGCAGUUUCGGGCUGCACUGCAGCUAGUGGUUAACCCUGGUGACCCACGAGAGUACUUGGACAACUUCCUGAAGAUUGGUGAGGGCUCCACCGGCAUUGUGUGCAUAGCUACGGAGAAGCAUAGUGGCAAGCAGGUUGCUGUAAAAAAGAUGGACCUGAGAAAACAGCAGCGACGCGAGCUGCUCUUCAAUGAGGUGGUGAUUAUGAGGGAUUACCACCAUGAAAACGUGGUGGACAUGUAUAAUAGCUAUCUGGUGGGAGAUGAACUCUGGGUGGUGAUGGAGUUCCUGGAAGGCGGAGCAUUGACAGACAUUGUCACACACACAAGGAUGAACGAAGAGCAGAUUGCCACAGUGUGUCUAUCUGUGUUAAAAGCCCUCUCGUACCUCCACACGCAAGGCGUUAUCCACAGAGACAUAAAGAGUGACUCCAUCCUUCUGACUAGUGAUGGCAGGAUAAAGCUUUCUGACUUUGGCUUCUGUGCCCAAGUCUCAAAAGAAGUUCCAAAAAGAAAGUCCUUGGUUGGCACACCCUACUGGAUGGCACCUGAGGUCAUCUCCAGAUUGCCCUACGGCACAGAGGUGGAUAUUUGGUCUCUAGGGAUCAUGGUGAUUGAAAUGGUAGACGGGGAGCCACCCUACUUCAAUGAGCCUCCACUGCAGGCCAUGAGGAGAAUACGGGACAACCUUCCCCCUCGGCUAAAAGAAUCGCACAAGGUUUCGUCAGUGCUCAGAGCAUUUUUGGACCUGAUGUUGGUGAGGGAACCAUCACAGCGCGCUACGGCACAAGAACUCCUCCAGCACCCCUUCCUCAAGCUCUCAGGCCCCCCAUCCUGCAUAGUGCCUCUGAUGAGGCACUACCGGCACCGCUGAGCCUCGACCAGCAGGGCGGCGACAAACCUCACCUAGUGCGACAUACCGAGAUACCCAAUCAUAUGUAACUUGUGGAUAAAAGACACUGACACCUGUAACCGUACGUAGUUUAGAUGAAACAAAAGCAAACGAGAGCAUCUAUUAAUGCAAAACAAAUAAAUAAAUAAAGAAAACCACAGUGAGGUGGAUAUAUUAUGGGCCUCUAGUAGAGCCGCUGGGUUCAGCGGUGGGUGUUCGACUCUAAGUCUUUAUUAGACAGCUAGUGAAAACUCUGUGGGGGUGACAUGUCUGGUGCAGUUUUUUUUCUCUCUCUAGGCUGUGCGUCCUGACUCCCUGUCUAGAGUCGUGCUGUAGUAGCCGCAGACUAGAGCUUAGGGCAGCGCGAAUCAGCGGUCAGUGGGCCAGGCUGAGGAGCUGACAGGCCGCGGGUGAUCGAUGGCCACAAGCCCCAGCCGGAGGAGCACUAGAGAUGGUGUAUUCAGGAGAGAUAACAGGCUGGGGAGGAAGAGGGGAGGGCCAAGCUCCAGAUUUUUACUUUCGAUAGAGGACACGAGGCUGUUACACUACUGAGGGACAAACGUCUUUCUUUUUUUUCACUUUUCUCUUCUUCUCACACUAACAAUGAAAAUGUAUUUUAGAGGAAUUGUAAGUUUUUCUGUACAGUUUUGAUAAUCGGCAGUAUUUUGUUGUGAUGUAACCAUUGUGAUAUGGGCAGUAUUAAAUAGAAUCGAAGAGUUUCUGCGAGAGAUCUUUCCUACUGUUUAUAAUCCAUUUUUUGACUAAGAAAUGAAAAUAUCCUCACUAAACACAACCCUUAACUGUUGGAGAAACCUGAAUAUAUUUAUUUAUCCUACAUUUGUAGACAGAACUUCCAGUCAGUGCGAAGAGAGGUGUUGCCAGAAUUUUGUAUGCUGUUUUAAAGUAUUAUUUAUUUUUGAACUGAAGGUUUAUUUUUCAGUAGUGUGGCCUUUUUUGUUUCAUUGUUCUCGUUUUGAAUACCUACAAAAAGAGCGAUGUUGGCUGUAUCAUCCAAGCAAGCUGCAUCAGACAAGCAAUAAUCCAACAGCUAUUUAUUAUCGUGAUAUCAAAUGCUUGCGCACUGGUGAUGGCACAAUUUUCUUGUGAUUAGAGGGAAGACGCCUAAAGGUCUUUCAUUUUUAAACCACUGACACAUGGCUACUACCUUUAAGAAUUCAUACUCAUUCAAGAAGCACUCACCUUAAAACCUAGCAAUAUUGAUAAUGUUUUUGACACGACUCGUUUUCAUUUCGGUACUGAGCUCCCUGUACGUGGCACCACAUGUGUGACUCAGCCUCUGGUUCGGUUUUUCUCCCAUUAGUCACUGUGAUCUGUAAAUACCAACAUCAAUGUGUCUGCUUCUGGCAAAACCUGAUGAACAGUCGGGCUCGAAUGAGUAUACCUAACUGUAGUGUCGCUUGUACAGUGAUCUUGCAUGUGUGUCAUCAGUAAAACUGGUUUCAAUAAAAAAAGAGGAAACAGAAA